CCGCACCAAAGUCUCUUAUAAGCGAGGAAAGUUUGACAAGUGUGCCUCAGUUCUUCUGUGGACCCCGAGCAGGAUUUUUGGAGAAAGAGGUGUGAGCUCUCAAGAAGUGACGGAGAAAGUCCCUUAGGGCUCUCUUCUUGCUUCUCGGUGUCUCUCCAGCAAGAACUCCCCCCAAUAUGGGUGACUGGAGUGCUUUGGGAAGGCUCCUUGACAAGGUGCAGGCAUACUCCACAGCCGGAGGGAAGGUCUGGCUCUCUGUUCUCUUCAUCUUCCGGAUCCUCGUUCUGGGCACAGCUGUAGAGUCCGCCUGGGGUGACGAACAGUCAGCUUUCAAGUGCAACACCCAACAGCCCGGUUGUGAAAAUGUGUGCUACGACAAGUCGUUCCCCAUCUCGCACGUGCGCUUCUGGGUGCUUCAGAUCAUCUUCGUGUCCACUCCCACGCUCCUCUACCUGGCACACGUAUUCUACUUGAUGCGCAAGGAGCAGAAGCUCAACCGCAAAGAGGAGGAGCUGAAGGCUGUGCAGAACGACGGUGGGGACGUGGACAUUCCUCUGAAGAAGAUUGAGCUGAAGAAGCUCAAGCAUGGCCUGGAAGAGCACGGCAAGGUUAAGAUGAAGGGGGCGCUGUUGCGCACCUACAUUGUUAGUAUUUUCUUCAAGUCUCUCUUUGAGGUUGUCUUCUUGGUGACCCAAUGGUAUAUCUAUGGCUUCAGCCUGAGUGCUGUUUACACUUGUGAGCGUUCCCCAUGUCCUCACAGAGUGGACUGCUUCUUGUCCAGGCCCACCGAGAAAACCGUCUUUAUUAUCUUCAUGCUGGUGGUCUCGCUGGUCUCCCUGCUUCUCAAUGUCGUUGAGCUCUUCUAUGUGUUCUUCAAGCGGAUCAAGGACCGCGUCAAGAGCAGACAGAACCAGUACCCGUCUGGUGGUACCCUGAGCCCCACGCCAAAGGAGUUGUCCACCACCAAGUACGCCUACUACAACGGAUGUUCCUCGCCCACGGCUCCACUGUCUCCCAUGUCACCCCCAGGCUACAAGCUAGCCACAGGCGAAAGGACCAACUCCUGCCGCAACUACAACAAGCAGGCCAACGAGCAAAACUGGGCCAACUACAGCACCGAGCAGAACCGACUUGGCCAGAACGGUAGCACCAUCUCCAACUCGCACGCCCAAGCCUUCGACUACCCCGAUGACACGCAGGAGCACAAGAAAAUAGCACCAGGCCAGGAGCUGCAGCCUCUGGCCCUGAUGGAUCCGCGGCCGUGCAGCCGAGCUAGCAGCCGGAUGAGCAGUCGAAUAAGGCCGGACGACCUGGACGUCUAGCUAAAGAACACAUGGAGCGCAGAGGGGACAGGCAACUGUCCAGUCACAGUUGUCCUCACUCUAGACUCUAGUUGAUAAAGAGACAUAAAAUUACUCACACUGCUGGAGGUACUAUUCGUUAAUUAAUGAUGAUGUUGAAACUAGCGGCGCUAACAUUGCCUUAACAAGCUGAACAGCUAGGGGGGUGACAGACCAUGAGGGUGUUCACUUCACUUGCUGACAGUCCUGCAUUUUUUUCCCCCGGAAGCAUAUGUUUUGGUGAUGUGAUUGAUUUUUCUACAACCACACAUUGACAUUCAGUUUCAAAAGACCCCAUUCCAGUAUUUCAGUAAUGCAUUUUACCCCAUUAUUACACAUUAUGUUCCUCAUCUCUAUGAUCUCUCCACCACUUAGUCAAACAGAGUUGUGAGGUUCCUAGAGCUAAAGUUCAUGAAUGAAUAUUUAUUUAUCCACUAGAUGACUGACUACUACUCAAGGUCACAUCCAUAUGAGUAAUACUUCAUAUGAAGUAAGUACAAUAAUAAGUCACCAGAGCCAAUUGCAUAUUUAUUAACAAUUAUCCAAAUUUCAGCAAUACAUCUAUUAACAAGAGGUUGCUUUAAUUAAUCGUAGUGGACUGUCAUUUUCCUGAUAAACUUUGAAUAUAUGUGGUGUUAGUUUGAUUAUUUUGUGUUUGUUAUAUUGGUGUGGGCAGAAUUAUCUGAUUUUUUUUUUAACUCUUUGAGAGAAAGGCUUUAUUUUUCCCUCUUUUUUAAAUAUGUCAUUUUUUUCAUCUUAUCAUUUUUGAAUGGGAGACUAGGACAGUAAAGGUUAGUUGUUUUUUUGUGUUUUACCCUUGGAGUGAGUGAUUUCUUUCUUUUUUUAAGUCAAUGUAAUCUUGCUGCUUGAGAGAUAGAGUUUUAGUACUGUAAAUCAAGCUAACUGUUGUCACAAAUGUGAGUUUUUAGAAGACUGCUUGUUAGAGCUGGACUAAUAUUUAGUCAGUUAAAUUAAAAGUUAUAUGCCAAUGUAGCUCCACAACUACCAAACACUAAUAGAUGAAAUUUCAAUUUGGACAUUUUAGUGUUGAUUCGCAAACUACAUCACAGCAUAUCGGUACUCGAACAUGGAGGUUCAUGGAUUCUUCAGCUACAAUGGUGUUUGCACUGAGAUUUUGGCAAGGAUGUCGUAUGAUGCAUAAGUGGCAAGUGUUCUCUCUGUUACGCAUGGAACUAAUUUAUUUUACCACACACCAAGCAGAAAAUCACUACACUAAAAGAACGUUUUCAUGUGAACCCUUGGUUAUUGUUUUUUGGGGGGGGAUCUUGAAGGACCAAGGCGAGAUCUAGCAUCCACAGAAUAAGGCAAACGAAGCUGUACAUACAGUUGUUUGAAGAAGAGAGUUGAGAAAAUGUCAUUCCAUGGGAAUCCACUGUUGUACAGUGUGCAAGUGCAUGAUAGCAAAAAAGUCAUUAAUCAAAUCUGUGAAAAAAGCUAUUUUAACCAAUAAAGAUUUUUUCUUUGUAA